AUGAAUAUUUCUAAAGUAUUUAACUUUUUUAAUUUGUUAUUAGUUUCUAAUUCAUUGGCAUUUAUAUUCAAUGUUAAUUCUUUAACAAUCUUAUUUAAUUAUGUACUACUAUCAGAUAAUUAUAAAUUGGGAUUUAUUACAAAGAGAAAUCUUGCAGAAAUGCUUCAAGAAACAAUAUUUGAUGAUGUAUUUAAUGAAAGAGUAAAUUUUUUGAGUGGAGAAGAUUUAUUAAAAAAAUACAAUUGGGGGGAGUAUUUGUCAUCUUGUGAAAUAUUAUUUAAUUAUGGUGAUACAAAUGAACCUUUAAAGGAUAUUCUUUAUAAUACGGAAAGAAACCUUUCGAUUAUUAAUGGUAAUUUCAGUAAAUUGGGAAUAACAUUAGCAUUUAGUAUGUUGAUGAAAGUAUAUAAUAGAAUUAUGACGCGUUAUAAUUUACAAGAACAUUAUCCACCACAAAGUAAGAAUAGUAAUAUGAAACAAGUUUUACUUUGUGAAAAAAAUUAUACUGAUAGUUUAAUAAGUUAUUUAUAUAAAGGAGAAGACAUUAUUGAUAUUUCUAAUACUGGAGAGAAAUUAGGUGGUAUAGAAGUUAAUCUUCGAGAUGAAUUGCAUUCACUUGAUAUACAAUCAUUUAAUAAACACAAUUGUGCUUUGGCAAAUACAAUAAAACACAAAAUAGGAGAUUCUUUUGAAUAUUUUAAUAGAAGAUUUCUUAAAUAUAAUAAAAAUGAAAUGUAUGUGAAAGAAUUAUUAAAUUUGGAAUAUAAAUCAUUGGUAACAGUAGUUGAUACUAUGUCUAUUAAAUCAAAUACUUAUGAACCUAUUAGUCUUCUUGCUCAUCUUAUAAUAAAUACAAUAUAUUUUCAUUAUGACGAUAGAACAAUUUAUAUAUCUUAUGAAACCUUUAAAAAUGUGUAUGAAAGAAUAUUGCAACGUGUUAUUACAUUAAAUCCUAGUGAAUUAACAAGGAGAACAGUGAAUUAUUUGCUCAACAUUUAUUUUUUGGAAAAACAGUUGACUAUAACACAUAUAAUUAAUGAACUUAAGUAUGAUGAAUCAAAUACUCAGGAAAACGUAAAAGAUAUGGAUGCUAUAAGAAAUGAAAUUAUACAAAGUUUACAGUUAAACAAUAUUACAUUAUCAUUGGAGAAAGUAAAUGAAAUGACUCUUAGAGUAUUUAGAUCUACUAAGGAUAUUAUCUAA